AAAUGAUAUGUUGAGCAUCAAAAAAUAAACGUCAACGUGAUCCAUCAGUAAAAUUAUAUUGUUUAUUUAAAAAUAAAGAGUUAAAAAAAUAAUCAAAAUGCAGAUUGAAUCAUUGGGAGAUUUACCAUAUUGCAAAGGCUUGUGGUCAGUUAUAUCAGGCACAACAUGUCGUUGUGAAAAAGACCUUGUAAUUCAUGAGAUAAAUAAUGCCACAAAUUUACUUAAAAAUGGUUUAAAUUUUUAUAAAAAAUUUACUGGAGAAACACUUAAAAAAUUUGAAUUAACAAAUCCACCAGCUCGUAUGUUUGAUUUAAUAUCAAAACUAGCACCAUUAUUAAAUAUUGACGCUACAAUUGCAUGGGAAUUAACAGUUAAUUAUAUGUUUUAUGAGUAUCGUCAUUCUGCUGAAACAUUUGCUGCUCAACUUGCUGAUUCAACAUCAAUUAAACAAAUAAUUGAUGAAAUAUGGAAUUUUUAUUAUUCAGAAAGAAUAACAAUGAUAAAAUGUUUAAAAUUAAUGAUUGAAUAUAAAGAUAAUUCAAGUCAUCCAUAUAAUAAUGAAUUUAAAACAUUUUUUGAAAAAAAUACAUUUGAUAAUUUACUACAAUCAUCACUUGAACAAAUUGAUUGUUUAAAAUUUACAAAUACAAAUAAUAGAUGUCAUUUAUUAACAGAUGAACAUUUACAUAAAUUAUAUAAUAAUAGUCUUAUUGAAAUGCGUGAAUUAUUGCAUAUUAUAACAAUGAUUAUUGAUACAACAAAAUUGGAUAAUUUUGAAAAAAUAUAUGGUAGUAUUUGUGGUGAACCAAGACGUUUAUCAAGUUCUAAAAAUCAUGAAGAUAAAAAAAAAAUAUCACAUAAACUUGAAGAAAUACGUCAAUGUCAAUCAGCAUUAUUUAUUGUUAUAUUUGAUAUUAAAAAACAAUGUGAUAAUAAUAAAAAUGAUUUUGAUAAAAUUGAAAAAUCAAUACGUAAUAUUAGAACAAGUAUGCAAGAUAUACUUGAACAUAAAUGUUUACGUGAUAGUUCAAUUGAAGAUGGACCAUUGUUAUUAUCAUGGAUGGUUGUUAAUUUUGCAAUUGAAGCUGAAAAUUCAGAACAAUUAAAUUUUUAUAGACCAUUUGGUAUGAAAGCUGUACAAUUAGAUGUAUUUAAUACAUUAAAAAAACUUCUUGAUAGUGAAAUGUUACGUUCAAAUACACGUUAUUCACAAGUUGUACAAAAAAGUAUAUAUAAUUUAAUAUCAUUGUUGUGUUCAUUUAUUGAUGUUGAUAAAAUAAGUGAAUUUAAUGGUGUAUUUGAAGCAAUAUCAUCAGUACUACGUUCAUCAGAUAUUGCUGCUGAUUUUUGGAAUGAUAAAAGUGAAGAAAAUGGCUUAUGGCCAUUUUUUCAUCGUGCUGUUUUUUUAUUUCCCUAUCGUUUUGAGCCAUUAACAAUAAUAUCAACUGGUUUAGCACUAGCAUCAACAUCAAGUGCUAAAAAAAUUGUUAAAAAAUUAGAAAAUUUAAAUUCAAUAACUCUUAAAGUACCAAAAAAUUGUCAUUUAAAUAUAACAAAAAAUAACACUACAAAUACAGCUAUUUAUCGUCCAUAUGAAAUGGAUUGUAAAUUACAUCAUAAUACCUUUGGUAUACCAGAUGAUUGUCCAAAAAUAAUACUUGAUAAUGAUGCUAAUGAUGAUGAAAUUGUAUUAUGGAAAAUACGUGCAAGAUAUGGUGAUGCAUUUCAUCAUAAAAUUGAACAGCUAUUUAUACAUAGUGGAAGUGGAUUAAAUAAUAUUGAUGAUUAUCAAAAAAUUCUCAUUGAAAAUAUAACAAAAGGUUUUGGAUUAAUUGAUGCUAUACUUGAUGCAAAUGUUGAUAUACCACAAAGUAUGAUAAUACCAACAGAUUAUUUAUGUUUAGAAAUAAUUAAUCGUUUUUCAUAUCCAGUAUUACCAAGAAGUUUAUAUAAUAUUGUAUCAUCAUGUUUUAAAAUAACAUCAAGACUUGUACUACAUUAUCCAGAUGAAAUAUUUUCUAAAAUGAGAGUUGGUGUUUAUCCAAAAUUUAAUAAUUUUUAUCAAGAUACUAAAGAGCUAGCAAGAGCUGUAUCAUUUGAUGGUGGUCUUAUUGGUUCAUGGUUAUCUGGUAUUGAAACAAUUGAACAUAAAUAUCCAAUUUUAAAUGCUUAUCUUGAUACAUUAUUAAAUUAUUUACUUGUUAAGCAUAACAUUGAAAUGAUGGAAAAUGUUGAAAUACCUGGUAUGGUAUUUAUACUACAAGGUGUAUUACCAAAAUUAGAUUCAUGGUAUUUUUCAUCAGAAUCAGAAAGAAUUGAUAUUUGGCUUAAAUCAAUGUUUUGUAUACAUCGUGUUUUGGAUGUUAAUUUAUUAAAUAAUGAACCAAGAAAAAAAUUACAACUUGUUGUUGCAUAUAGUUUAUUAUAUUUAGAACCAAGACAUGCAUUAUUAAAGUUAAUAAGAACUGGUGAAAAAAAUUUACGUACAAAAAUGAUGAAUGAAAUUGAUUGGAUAAGUGGUAAAGGUUUUAAAAUAAUUAAAAGUGUACAAUUAGCAUUAUCAUUAGUUAAUAGAUUAUUAAUGUUUAGAAAUAAUUUGGGUUUAACACAUGAUGAAAGAUCACCACUUGAAAUUGCACUUUAUACAUCACCAUCAUUACCAAAUGCAUUAUUAAUUGUACCAACAAUUGUUGAUUAUUUAUAUGUUGAAUUUAGUCCAUCAUUACAAGCAAUGGCUGUUAGAUUAUUAAAAAAAUUUGCUCAUGGUUUUUCAAUGUCAUUGUUAGUAUGUAUGGGAAUGGAUGGUACUAAAAUAAGAGGUACAUUUGCAUCAAGAUUAAUGUCACCAACAUGUUCUGUUGAAGUUAAAGUUGCAAUACUUGAACUUGUUGCUGUAUGUCUUGAACGACAACCUGGUUUAACUGAAGCAUUAUUUAAUAUUAUGCAUAAAGCUGAACAAAAUCGUAUAUUUCCAAGACCACCAGAUCAAUUUUUAACUGAAGGAUGUAGUCAAUUUUUAAUAUUAUACUUAAAACGUAUAUAUAAUGAAAAAAAAAUUGUUGAAGAUCGUUUAUAUGAUAAUACAAUGAAUUUAUUAAGAUCAAUGUGGUACAAUAGAAAUGUUAUACUUGUUAAUUAUUUUAGAAAAAGAGAAAAUUAUUGGACACAAGUAUUUUCACCAUUAUUUCGUUCAUUAGUUAAAGGAUCACGUGGUUAUGCACAUUUAAUUGACAUAAUAACAUUAGAAUUAUUUGAAUCAUCAUCAUUAACAUCAACAGAAAAUGAUUUUACUAAAAAUUUAGAAAAAUUAUUAUUAAAUGAUAAUCAUUGGGAUAAUAUUAUUGAAUAUAUAUUAAAAAAUGUACCACAACAAAUUGAAAAUUCAAUAAAUAGACUUGACAUUAAUAAUGAUAAAAAAAAUGAUGAUAAUGAUAAUAAUAAUAUGUCAAUUGAAGCACCAUUGUAUGAAGCAAAUAUUGAAGCAUGGUAUCAUUUUAUUGUAACUCUAACUGAUCCAAAAAUAUCAAAUGAAUUAAUGAAUAAAAUGGCACCAGCUAAAAUUCAAUUAAUGACAAAAUUAACACUUGAAUCAUUAUCAUCAAGAAUUAAAUGUACAAAAAAUAUUAAUGAUGCUAGAAUAACAAUGUUACUUGCAUCAUUAGCAUUAAGAAUUGUUACAUCUUGGCAAUUAAAAUGUAUUGAUAAUCCAACAAAUUUUGUAUCAAUAAUUGUACAAUUAAUGGAAGAUGUUUUUCAUUCUUAUUCAUCAUAUGGUAUAUUUUUACGUAGAAUAUUAGUAUCACUUGUUCUUGGCUGUAUACAAUUAGUCAAAGAUGCAAUAUCAAAUGACAGAGGUAAUUUAGAAUAUUUAAUUGUACAUUCAUGUUUAUUAUCAAAUAUUGAAUUACGUAAAUUACGUGAAACAGUUAAAAAAAAUCAAAAAAUUGGUAUUAAAAAUGAUACUGAAGAUGAACAAGAUGUACUUGAAGGUAAAUCAAUGAACUCUUUAAAAUCAUAUCAAGAAUGUACACCAGCAACAUUAACAAUAUGUAUGGUUACACAAUUAUUAAGAUGUAGUAAUAAUAAUAAUAGUAAUAAAUUUGGUAAUAGAUCAGCAUGUUUACAUUUACGUCAAAUGGUACCAGAAUUAAUGAAUUGUCUUAAUGAAACAAUUCAACAUCAUGAAUAUGCUAGUUUUAGUCGUGCAUCAUUAGAAUUUUUAGGUACAAUUGCUAGAUUACCAUAUUAUAAUCCAUCACCAAGACCAAUUGAUGAUGAAGAAUCAAUUGCAAAACUUUGGCUUGGUCUUAUACCACCAACAAGUUUAGGUAAUAGUAUAUUAGCAUCAUUAUAUGAUGAUAGUACAUAUAAUGGUAAUUGGCGUUGUCAAGAUUGGUGGAAAAUAUAUACACUUGGAUUAGAAUUUUUAACUGGUUUAGUAACAACUGGAUUUUCAUCAAAUCAACCAACAACACCACCAACACAUUUAACACCAAUUAUAUUAUUUCUUGGUUCACAUGAACAUCAAUUAACUGAAAUUGCAACAUUAUUACGUCAUACUGCUGAUUUAUUAGCAUGUGAUUUAGUACAAUCACUUGUUGGUUUAAUAUCAGCAUUAACAACACAACCACAAGUAUGGGAUUUUAUUCAACCAAGUGUUAGAGAAGGUUUAAUGAAAUGUAUGUAUUUAAUUUAUGAUAGUACAGUUAAUUUAUUAUUACGUCCACGUAUACUUAAAUUUAUAAUUGAUGGUGUUACUGUUGAAAGUGCUGAAGAUUUACAUUUUUGUGAUGAAAAAUUACCAAGUAAUGAACUUAAAUUAUUAGUUAAUAAAUUAAUUAUUGUUAAUUGGUGGUGUGCACAAUGUUUUGUUAGAUUUUCACCACGUUUAAAUGCACUUGUUGAUACAAUAUAUACACAAAAUUUUUGGCAUACACCAUUAGCUGAAAUGAAUUUUGGUCCACCACAAAUGUCAAUGUGUUCUGGUCCAAGUUUAACAUUUGGUACAAUAAUAUCAUCAACACAAUUAUUUACACAAGCAUUAAAUGCACAUUUAACAAUUGAUUCAACAACAUCAACAUCAUCAUCAACAACAACAAUUGCAUCAUCAAUAACAUCAAUGACAACACCAACUAAAAAUAAUAAUAUGGAUUCAGCAAAACGUGAAUGGGAAAGAGCAACACCAGAUAAUCCAAGAAAAAUUAAUCCAAAAGAUUUACGUACAAUAUUUAAUAUUGGAAGACCAUUAAAUUCUGAGCUAUCUAGUUUUAUAUCUGGACCAGAAGUAUUGGGUAAUCCACGUUUACUUCGUCGUCCAUAUGAUCCACUUAUUUGUGAAAAUACAAUAUUAUCAAAAGCAACACCAUUUGUUGGACAUCAUACUAAUAGACAAUGUGGUGGAGGUGCUGCUGCUGGUACUGGUAAUACUGGUGGUACUGGUGGUGGUAAUCAAACAAUAACAUACAAUAAAAAUGAACGUAUUGAUACAAAUCCAUGGUUUUCAACAAUGGAUAAAAAUAAUUCACGUUUAGCAUUAGAAAUUAAUUUAAUACUUGUACUUUGUCAAACAUUAGAAGGUAUUAAAAGUCCCCGACUUGCAUUAAGAGAUCGUCAAUUAAUUGUACGUGAAACAGCUAAUGAAAUAACAGUAUUUUUUGAUUUUCUUGAACAAAAAACAACUGUAUUAAAUGAUUGGAAUAUUGAAGGUACAUUAAUUAAUGAUACAUCAAUAACAACAGUUAAACCAAUUGAUAAAAAUUAUCUUAAUUUACGUGCAAGAUUAAACAAUGAUUCAACAAUUGAUAAAGUACCUGUUGGAACAAUUGAUCAUAAUCCUGGUGAUAUUAUUAGACGUGAUGAUUUAUCAGCUAAAAAAGAGACAAGACUCAAUGACAGUCCAAUAACAACUGGAUGCUUUGAUAUACCACAAAAACCAAUUAAAUUUCUUUCACUUGUUGCCAAAACAUUUAAAUCAACUUUAGAAUCACUUGAUUCAUCACAAUUUGAAUAAUUAAUUUAAUCCUCAACGAAAAAAAAUUGUUUUUUAAAAUUAUUAAUA